ACUUCACAUGUGAUCUGCUGAACAGGAUGAACUCUGUGCUGAAAAAGAGAAGAGUACAACAUACAACUUCGGUUCUAUCCUACUUGUCAACUUUCCACUUUGUGCGGUAUGUGUAGUGUGUUGUAAGUUGCUAAUUCGCUUUGAUCAAUUUUGUUGAAUGGCGUUUCCUGGAUUGAAUAAUAGAGCAAAACAUUCUGUUUAGUCCGCAUCCACCUACAUUAGGUGAACCUCAGAAGCAUACUAGCCAAUUUAUCUAUCAUUCAUUAUUGAAACAGGAAUAGAGUUUGUCGAUGAGUAUGGAUUCACUGUUAUCUCCAGUGUACCUUGUAACGUCUACACCGCGCUGGUAUUUAUGGUCCAUAUUCAUCUUGGGAAUAAUCACCUAUUACCUCUGUGAGGUAGUGAAGAAACCUCUUUUAGUCACCGCUGAUGGCGAUUUUAAAAAGUUCCUAAUCAACAAUGUGCCUUUGGUGUCAGAAAAAUUCUGGCCAACCAUUUGGUGUUUUGAGUCGAGAGCUCAAACCCUAUUGGCCGGGAUGCUACGAUCGCUGGUUCUGCCUAAAAUCAAAUACAAGAGAGAGGUGCUACAGCUUCAGGACGGCGGUCAGGUGGCGCUGGACUGGCUGGAGCCUGCGGGGGCGGGGGAGAGCGGGGGACAGACGGCCGUGCUGAUAGUGCUGCCAGGCCUGACCGGCACCAGCCACGCCGAGUAUGUCAAAGGCCUCGCGCUCGCCGCCUUCCGAGCCAACAUACGCGCCGUCGUAUUCAACAAUCGCGGCAUUGGCGGCGUCGAACUCAAGACGCCGAGAACAUACUGUGCGUCGAACACUGACGACCUGCAUGAUGUGAUUCAACACAUACGAGCCAAGUAUCCAGGUGCCCCGAUCGGCGGAGUUGGAGUCUCAAUGGGAGGACUGAUUCUGGGCAACUACAUGGCGUCUCGCGGCAAGGAGGGCUGUGCUCAGCUGGCGGCAGCCAUGUUGAUUUCUGUGCCGUGGGACGUGUUCAAGGGCACAGAGAGCAUAGAGCGACCCGGCAUCAAUCUCAUGCUCAACAACCACCUCGCCUCCUGUCUCACCAGCGUUGUGCAUGACUUGAGAGAAAUGCUGAGGACAACAGGCCCAUUGGAUGAAGUGAUGAAGGCUCGUACGAUUCGUGAGUUCGACUCGCGGUUCACGUCGAAGCAGUUCGGCUACAAGGAUGUUGACGACUACUACAACCACGCGACGUUGCACAACAAGCUGCACAACAUCCAUGUGCCCACGCUCUGCAUCAGCGCCGGGGAUGAUCCAUUUCAGCCGUUCAACGCCAUUCCAAUUGAAAACGCUCAAAAAGUGGAAAAUCUGGCGAUUCUAGUCACUUCGCACGGAGGUCACAUCGGAUUCAUGGAGGGAGUGUGGCCGUUCAACAAGGACCAGUACAUGUUCAGAGUGUGCGAGCAAUUCUUCAAGGCCAUUCUACCUUCUGGUGCUUAUAAAAACUUUGGUGCUACAGUUAUUGACAAACCAAAUGGCGAUCAUCAUGCUUAAAUCAUAAAUUUUCUGCUAGAUCGGCAGAAAUUUUCAAAUGCAUUCUGGUUGUGAGUAUGGAAAUUCGGUUCAAAACCAUCAGCUCAUAGCCAACAUUCAAUUCCGACCAGUCGAUUCAACGAAUAUCACUAAAAUAUUAUAUAUAUAUAUAUUAUAUAAAGUUGAAGAAGAUAUCCAACUUGAAUGGGAUAAGCAAUGUGAUCUAGAUUAAUUAGUUGAAACAAUUUCAAGUCAUCAAUAACUUUACGGUCCGAUACUCUUAUAGGUAACUUAUAAUAUUGUAUUUGCUUUAUUAUUAAUAAUUUUAAUGAACUAUUUGGAAUAGUUUACUAGGUAUACUAAUCACAUACAACAGCAAUAAUUAUCAAUGCAAUAAUUUACAUGUCAGUUUUUCAUAAUAGUCUAAUUAUAGUCACUAGUCACUGAUGGUAAUGUAGUAGUACUUUUAUCAACUUUCUAGAGAAAAAGUUUCAUUAAAAAAAGAUUUUAUUCCAAUCUACGAUUACUACUACCGCCAUCACAAAUUAUGAUAUUUUCAAUGACCAGUAAGAAGUACAGUAACAUAGCCUACUUCUAAUUAGGUUUACUCAUUCUAUUGUUCAGUUGAAACAAAUUAGUUAUAGAUGUAGGAAAAUAGUGAUAGCCAUUCAAUAAAUUGAUCUUUGUAACAUAAGUUAAAUGUAAUAAGUAAUGUGUUGGGCAUAUCAAGACAAGAUUUUUAUACUCUAAUUUUCUUAGUGGAAUCUCAUUAGUAUACAUUAAAGUACUCCUGACAAGAGUAAAGGCUCUGUAACUAAUUACUGAUUCAUGAUACACAAACUAAUAAAUUUCCAAUAAUGUAUUGAAAGUUGGAAUGUUCCUUAUGUGUCUGAGCAAUCAUAACGAUUUAAGCUGGAUUCCCAUUUAUCAGUAUCAGUGUAAGAGUCCGGUUAAGUGAAAAUAUCAUUCCCAUGAGUUUCAAUGAGACUAUUCACAGUCAUCCGUCGCCGCCGAGUGGGAAUAGUCACAUUAGAACUCUUGGGAAUAAUAUUUUUACUGUACCGGGCCCACUGAUAUGUGCAAAUGUAGCUCAAUGCUUCCAAUUUAUGAAAAAGCACUGGAAGUUUUGUGCUCUUGUGUUUCUGAGCUUGCACUUCACCUCUUUCCAUCAGCAGUCUCUCUUAUGUUCAUCAGCUGUCUCUCAUAUGUUCAUCAACUGUCUCUCAUAUGUUCAUCAGCCGUCUCUCAUAUGUUCAUCAGUUGUCUCUCUUAUUAUCCUGUUUGAUGUGGCCUCCCUCUGCUCCCGCCUCUUGGCCUGUUCCGUUUCUGAGCUUGCACUUCACCUCUUUCGAUCAGCUGUCUAUUUUAUGUUAAUCAGCUGUCUCUCUCAUGCCUCUCUUAUUAUCCUGUUUGAUAUGGCCUUCCUCUGCUCCCGCCUCUUGGCCUGUUCCGUUUCUGAGCUUGCACUUCACCUCUUUCCAGCUGUCUCUCUAAUGCCUCUCUUAUUACUCCUGUUUGAUGUGGCCUCCCUCUGCUCCCGCCUCUUGGCCUGUUCCUCUGUGUUGAGAUAAAUGGUUAUUUUCACCCACAACAAAUUUGCCAACAUCAUCGAAGCCUUUCACCUUUAACAUCGCAAUCAAUGCGUAGAUUAAUCCGAUUGACUAAUCGCAUUAGUCAAUUGGAUAAUAAGGAUGUAAACUUCAGGAUUUCAAAAAAACAAGUGUCGGUAAAGGAGGGGGUCCCCUCCACCAGUGGGGUCAAAGAAAGAUUUAUUUAGGUUUCGGUCAGUUGAAAGUAACAACAUCUGUAAUAAUUCUAGUACACAUACAGGAUACCAAUAUCAAAUACAAUGUUUUCAAAAUCGACACUUCCUUGAGAUAAGUCAUAAUUUGUAGCUUACUACGCUCUAACUAGUUGCUAGGUCAAAGGCGUUUACCACUGUAACUAGUGAUGGUGGGAGAUUGCAUGGGUGUCAUUCGUAAUUGCGAUAUCUCAAAAUAUUUCAACUUUUUGUUAUUUGUGUUUUUAAAUAUCAACACAUUUCAAAUGUCAUUCAAAAGCCUAAACCUAGCCUUGCCUUUUACCUUUAAAACCUAAUUGAACCAAACCUUUUAGGUUAUGUUCAUGCACUGGACAAAUAUUAAUAUUGAAACUCGCAGUUCUGAGACACUCCUUUUAGGUUAUGUUCAUACACUAGACAAAUUGAAACUCGCCGUUUUGAGGCACUCCCCACUACAAUCAUGAUGGAACUGGUUCUUUGAAUAAAACGUUUAUCGUAUAUCGUUCUCAUGGUCACUGACUUUUGGAACUUCCGUAUCUGCCAUUACUUUGCCGAUGCUACAACUUCAGCUAAUAGUGCUAUUUUUAUUUAUACAUAACCUAUGCAUAAUAUUUGGACAAUUUGAAACUAAAUUAGGAAAUUGAAAAGGUUUUGGGCAAUAGCCUGUUUUUUUCUUUUCCGAUCAUUGUAAACUUCUUUAUUGUUUGUGAUAACCUAAUAAAUAAAAUAAGAAUUUUAUCUGAUCAGUACAAUAAUAGAGAAAGCAUACAGUUUCUGUAUGUUCUACCUACCAUAUUCUAUGGUACGAUAUCCGAACUAAUGCAGACCAGAAAUAAAAAUAUAAUAUGACUUUUACUAUUUUUAUUUAAUGUAUGUAUUUUUUAUUCAAGAAUUUUACAUUCUUCAGAUUUUUUGUAUUGAUGCUUCUGAACUACGUAGUUACUAGUUAAUUCUUCAAACGUUUAUGUCAAACAUAAAUCAGUUUGAGUUGUUGUAAAACAAUAAAGUGAUAAUUGGAUAUAAUAAUUUUAUGUGAAAAUCUCCAUGAUAUGAAACUUCUGUUAUACAGAAAAUAUAUAUUAUUUGUUAACUUUUUCAUUGUAGUUGAACAAGUCACUAAUUGUUGUAUUAUAAAGUUUAUAGCCCUAAUGGGAAAUAAUAGAGAUUUGACUCUUGUCAUUUACUCAGCUAUAAUAAUGUUCCCCUUAAAAUAAUUCCUAUGACUUAGAGAAAGAUGAGUUUCACUUAACAAUCUUAUAAUAUUUUUGAAUUUUCAAUUUUAGGUGUUUGAUUUUGCUCAAUUUUUAAAUGAAUGUAAUAUGUUGUUGGUAUGAGACAUUAUUUUUCUUAGUUUGAUCUCAUCAGUGUUGUUGAUAGAUUAUAUAAAUAAAUAUCGAUGGGUAUGUUACCCUCCAAAAGACAAAAUAUAUUACAAUAUCACUUUAGUGGUAUUAUAAUACAAAAUUCCAAUCUAUUCAAUCCUUAUUUAUUUGUAAUGAAUGAAUUCCGUUGCAAGGUUUGUGAUUGAUAUGUGCCUUGUACCUUCAUCCAGCAAUCUAUUAUUCUGAACAAGAAUGACAUUGUUAAUGGUAAUAAUAGUUUCUUGGAUAGAAUUAUUGGAGUUUGUAAUGGGACUUUCCCCUAUUUUAGAAAUUCGAGUAUGUAGAAAUAAUUGGAAUCUCUGUUAUUCUUAUUCAUAUUAAAAAACGUUUUAUUAAUUAUACGUACUAUUUUAUUAUAAUCUCAAUAAAUGAAUUCGAAAUAAAA